AUGACUCACAUGCAGAUGUUUUUGUUUGUGGCUGCUGUGUUUAUUUUGGCUGCUGAAGGUCAGAGCAUCACUGAAUCUGAACCUGCAAUAAAAAAACCUGGAGAGUCUCACAGACUCACCUGUACAACCUCUGGAUUUGACUUUGAGUACUCAGUAUGGGUUUGGGUCAGACAGGCUUCUGGUAAAGGACCAGAAUGGAUUGCUUUGGUGCACACAGCUAGUACUCCCAUCACUUAUUCAGACUCAGUCCGGGGUAGAUUCAGCAUCUCCAGAGACGACUCCAGCAGUAAAGUCUAUCUCCAGAUGGACAGUCUGAAGACGGAGGACUCAGCCGUGUAUUACUGCGCUAGAAGAGACACACACUGUGAUUAUGCUCUUGACUACUGGGGAGCAGGAACCAAAGUCACUGUUCAGACAGGUGAUUCCUCUCAGACUCUGUCCCUCUUCGUCCUGAGACCCCAGCAGACCUCUGGUGACCCCCUGAACACUGCAGACCUACUCAGUCAAGAAGUCUGUCUGGCAACAGAUUUCCGUCCAAAAGGGGUUGUGAAUGGGAAAGGGGGUCCGGCCAACGUGAGCACUAAUGAUGCUGUUCAGCUAAAGAACCAAACCCACUUUGAUGAAUUCAGUAACAAAAACAUCCACUCCUGUGGGAUGAACGGGACCAUCAGCAACAAUGAAGGAGAUGAUGAAUGUGGCAGCAUUUAUCCAGAAAAAGCCAAGCUGAACUUUUACCUGCUGCUGAUGAACGGAGUCCGAGUGGUGUUCACCAAAGCUCUGGCCUUCAGCACCGUCCUCACCAUCAGAGGCCUGAUCUUCUGAAACUGAGCCUUCCAGGCCACCAUAUAGGCCAUGAUGAAACCUGUUGAAUAAUUGUUUCUAUCCCCUUUACUCCAUUUAUCUUAGCAAAAACCUUUACAUGUUGUGUCAACAGUAAAAGAAAAGGCAGCAGCCUGUAAAAUCCUGAAUAUUAAAUGUAAACAGUUUUAAUAAUAAUAGAUAAAGAUCUAAAGCUGUCGCAGACAAAACCUGAAAUCUAAGUACAAAAUCAGACCCAGAGAAACGUUACAAUUUAUAAAGUUGUCUUUAGAUACCAAAUUUGACAAUAAUAAAAGAGAAAUGGCGUCAUAACUAAAA